AAGGGUUCAAACUGUCCGGUGGUCACAGGGAACAUUCCUUCAGCACGAUGCUCCUCCUCCUCCUCCUCCUCCUCCUCCUCUCUCCUCGCGGUGCCUAACCCCUUGUGGAAGCCUCCACCACCUCUUUCCUGAGACAAGAGCCCUUUUUUUUUCCUCCUCUCCCCCCUGCGCGUGUCGGCGGAAAACAACAUGGCAGAAGUUGCCGUCCAAUCCUACGGAGGAAGCGGCGGGAUUGUGAUUAGCGAUGACUGGCCAGGCUACAGUCUAGAGCUCUUCAGCUACCCAGCUCACUACUCCGGAGAUUUAGACUGUGUCUUCAUUCCGCACGGCGUGAUUAUGGACAGGACAGAGCGUCUCGCUCGAAACAUCAUGGACGAUUUGGGGGACCACGACAUUGUGGUGCUGUGCGUACUUAAAGGAGGCUACCAGUUCUGUGCCGACCUGGUGGACAGGAUCAAGGCUCUUAGCCGCAACUCCAAUCGUACAAUCCCCAUGAGGGUCCACUUCAUCCGUCUCAAGAGCUACCUGAAUGACCAGUCGACAGAGGAUCUUCACAUACUAGGAGCAGAGGACUUGUCUUCUUUAACUGGAAAGAACGUGCUGAUUGUGGAGGCCAUUGUAGGCACCGGAAAGACAAUGAAAACUCUCCUGAAACAUGUUGAAGCCUUCAGGCCCAAAAUGAUCAAAGUAGCAGGUCUAGACGGAGAGAAAGGGAGAAUAAGUGACGCAGGUUUCAGAUUGCUUGUGAAGAGAGUGCCUCACAACUCAGCAUGUCUUCCUGACUAUGUCGGCUUUGAGAUACCCAAUCGUUUUGUGGUUGGAUAUGCCUUAGACUACAAUGAGUAUUUUAGAGACCUCAGUCAUAUCUGUGUGAUCAGCGAAAGUGGGAAGAUGAAAUAUAAGAUUUAAAGAGAAGACUGCAAAAGAGGCAACUGUCCCACAGAUGUCUUCUCACAGCAAGCCUGAACAUUUUCCUUGAAAUGCCAUACACUUAACAGCUGCUAUUGUGACAUUUGAUCUCAAGCAUCCCUGUUUAGUUAUAACAUUCCUUUUCUGAAAUGUUUAUCAGUUUUAGGCGAUGACAUUUAACUGAUUUCAUUUUUUUAAUCUUUUUAUUUUUUUUUUUUAGAAAAGCAAGUACAUGUGUUACCAUGUUUUAAAUUUGCAACUUCAAUUUUUUAGGUUUACAACACCGAUUCACAUGUAAAAUGUUUAAUGCUAUGGAACUGCUGCUGUAUGCCUUAGUGUGUUUUUUUCCUAAUGCAAAUGCCAUCUCAGUCUUACUUCUUUUUGUAUGCAAUGUAAAGAGAUAAUCAUGACUUGUAUGAAUGUGAUAGACUUUUUUAGGUCAGUGUGUGAUGAGGCAACAGAGAAAACUCAAUGUCACCUUCUUUUAAAGUGAAAGGGAGUUUUUUUUUUUAUUAGGAAAUUAGUGAUAGAAUUGUACUUUUCUCACCUGAUCUUUCAUUAGGUAGUUCUCCUGUUGUCAACUUUGAUGCUCAGGGGGAAACAAAGUAGAUCUCUAAACACUAAGUGCGUUAACUACCUCUUUUUGUUUUUUCAGUAUUUGAGGUGUAGUAGGUUACUCUGAUCAAUUCCUUUUUUAAUUUUACAUACAGUAAAGAAUUUUUAACAUUU